AUGGUGAUGAAGAUGAAUACAAGAACUUUCAUCGAUAGAUGGUUAUAUAUUGAAAUUGGACGUGUAAUUGGCGUGAAUAUGAGUAUGUGUGUUGGGAUUAGAAGGUUAAGUUUGGUCAGAUGUCGAAGAUUCAGUUCAAAACCUAUUUCUCAAUCGGUGAAAAGCUUAGAUGAUGAAUGUGAGAGCUUAAAUACGAUGUAUUCAGAUAUGUUUACAGUUCCAGGAACAUCAAAAGAUGGUAUUUCAGAGUCAGGGUCAGUUGAUGAAUUGGAUGAGUUGAAUUCUGAGUUGAAUUCGUUAUAUCAUGUGGGGUUUCAGGUUCUCGAUUCGAAAGAUCUAGAAGAGAUGGUUAAAAGUAAGGGAAGGUUCAUUAUUAGAAGUUUAUCCAAUGACCCAUAUUACAACUUAGCACUGGAGGAUUAUGUGUUUCGUAACACACCAAUUGCAGUGGAUCAUGAGUCCUUCCAUAGUCAACGAUUGAUGUUUUAUGUCAAUGAUAAGUGCGCAGUGAUUGGUAAGAACCAAAAUAUUUGGAAAGAAUUGUAUGUUAAAGAAUUAAACAAUAAUGGCUAUGAUAUUAUAAGAAGGUUUUCAGGAGGUGGGGCAGUAAUUCAUGAUUUAGGGAAUGUGAAUUAUUCUUAUCUUACUUCAAGAGAUGAAUUCAAGAGAGAAUUUUUCAAUGAAAAAAUAGUUCACUGGUUGUUAGGAAUAGAUCCAAAUUUAUCGAUAUCUCUUAAUGAAAGAGGUGAUAUAACUUAUAAUGGUUAUAAAGUAAGUGGCAGUGCAUUUAAAAUUGCCAAGGGGAAAUCAUAUCAUCAUGGAACUAUGUUGAUAAAUUCGGAAUUGGAGAAAUUUACAGGGUUAUUAAAACCAAAAUCAACACCUGGGAUUCAAUGGAAAUGUAAUAGUGUUGAUAGCGUACGUUCAAAAGUAGCAAAUAUCCCACUUUCAGGUACUAAUGCUUUUAUUGAUAUAUGUGCAGAUGGGUUUCGAUCUCAUUUUACAAAAAAUGAGACAUCGAUUUUUUACUGCAAUGAGUCGUCUUCAAUCAAUCAAGAAAUUAUAGAAACUAUGGAAAAACUGAAAAGUCAUCAUUGGAAAUUCAAUAAUACCCCGUCAUUCGCAAUAGAUAUCUUAAAUGGACGAUACUCGUUAGAAGUAGAUAAAGGUACAAUCACCAAAAGUAAUCCGUCACAUCUCAUUGGUCUGUCAUUCAACGAAUUCGUCGACCACGUCUCUAAGGAAAUCGAUCCUUCAAUUCUAAGAUCUCUGCAAUAA